UCGAAAGCACUGCGCACCGGCGAUACCAAAAUUGUUUAAAGACAAAUAACUGGUUAAUUGUGCGGCUUUAUUACGCGGUCAAACAAUGGCCCAGCAAGAUUUACCAUAAUCAAUAUAUAUAUGUUUCAGUUUUCCUACUGGCAGAGCCUAUGAUUCCGUCUCUGGUCGUCAUGUUUUGUUACCAAGCAGCAAGUAAAAAUUCAAACUAAAAUUAGUUUUGAAAUGUGUGCCCCAGGUAGCCUGCUCAUGAACUAAAUAUUACUGCGAUUCGAAAGUCAAAGCGAAAGUAAGUGAAGAUUCAGAAUGAGAACCGUACCAAAGUGGGUAAACAAAAUUCAUGAAGCAGAUAAGGUAGAGUUUUCAAGUGUCCACUCAAUAUGCUUCAGUCCCGAUGGCACUCAGUUGGUGGUGGGAGCAGGGGAAAAAGUGAUGGUGUAUGACCCGAGGGAUGGAGCUCUAGUUCAAUUACUUCAAGCCCACAAGGGGGCAGUACAUGCUGUAGCAUACUGCAGUGAUGGCAAGAAGUUUGCCAGCGGUAGCGCUGAUAAGAAUGUCAUCAUUUGGACCUCGAAAAUGGAAGGGGUCCUAAAAUAUUCGCAUAGUGAAGCCAUCCAAUGUCUCGCAUACAAUCCAGUGACGCUGCACUUGGCAUCAUGUGCUAUAUCAGACUUUGCAUUCUGGUCUGCGGAUGUGAAAGCAGUUCAGAAGUACCGAGUAUCAGGACGCAUCACCUCCUGUGCCUGGUCACACAACGGACAACAUCUGGCCAUAGGCUUAGCAAAUGGAGCUGUGUCUAUAAGAGAUAAGCAAGGAGAUGAGACACAGAGAAUAACUAGGGAUGCUGCAGUAUGGGCUGUGGCGUUCUCCAAGUCUACUCUGCUGGUGGCUGAUUGGAAUGAUACCCUUUCCUUUUAUAAUCUGCAAGGACAACAAGUUCAUAAAGAGAGGAAUAUUGGUAUAGCGGCUCUGUCAAUAUCCCUGUUGGGUGCGCUCGUGCUGGUGGGGGGUGCGGGGGGCUGGGUUGUGCUGACAUCAGAGGGGGUGCAGCUACUUAAUACUCCCCAGGAGUGGGUCUGGGCAGUCGCGCCCUCGCCUUCUUUCAACACUAUUGCAGUGGCGUGUCAGGACGGUACUCUGUGGUGUUACCAGGUGGUGCUGAGUACUGUCCACGGGCUGUACCGCGAGAGGUACGCGUAUCGGGAGAACAUGACAGACGUGAUCAUCCAACACCUCACCACCGGGAACAAGGUCCGGAUCAAAUGCCACGACAGGGUACAGAAGAUCGCCAUAUAUAAACAUCGGUUGGCGGUGCAACUCCCCGAACGUGUGGUGGUGUACGAGCAGAGCGACUCGGAGGGUAUGUUGUAUCGCGUUAAAGAGAAGCUGCCGCAGCGCUCCGAGUGCUCGCUCCUCGUGGCCACUAGCGACGCCUUGCUGCUCUGUCAGGAUACAAAAUUAUCCCUGAUCGGGCCCCGUUUGCCCAAGACAUGGAACGUGCCAGCCCCUAUACGUUACGUCAAAGUUACCACGCUGUAUUUCGAAGAAGUUCUACUUCUAGGCUUACUGAAUGGACAGAUAUGGCAGGUGGAGCCGCGGGAAGGCGUGUGUAAGAUGAUCUUCCAGACGCCAGCCAGCGUGCGGUGUCUCGACGUGAGCGCCUCGCGGGGCCGCCUCGCCGUCGUAGACGAGUCGUCUGUUUGCCGCGUGUACAGUCUGCCCACCGGAGAUCUGCUCUAUACUGAGGAGAACGUAUCGUCGGUGUCGUGGAACUCGUGGUGCGAGGAGCUGCUGGGCAUGUCUGGUGGAGGCCUGCUAGCCAUCAAGGCGGGUCACUUCCCGCCAGCCACGCAGCCGCUCAUCGGCUCCGUCGUCGGCUUCCAGGGUGGGCGCGUAUUCUGCUUGCAAGCGAAUUCUAUGCAGACUAUAAACGUGCCCCUCUCACACGCCGUGCACCAAUACGUGCAGCACAAAUUGUUCACUGAUGCGUACGCGGUGGCGUGUCUGGGAGUGACGGCGCUCGACUGGGAACGUCUCGGGUUAGCGGCGUUAGAGGAGCUGUCGUUCGAGGUGGCCAGGAAGGCUUUUCAGCGGAGCGAGAACAUCAUCUACCUCACACUCAUAGACCAUCUGCAGGAACGUUUCGAGGCGGGUGAGAAGCGCGCGGUGAUAGCGGGCGAGGUGCUGGCGUACCGCGGGCGCUACAGCGAGGCCGCGCGCGCCUUCCGCACUGCCGGCAAGGACGACCGCGCGCUCACGCUCUACGUCGACCUCCGCAUGUUCAACAAGGCACAGGAGUACGUGGGCGAGGGCGAAGGUCUGCAGGCGCUGGCGCGGCGGCGCGCGGAGUGGGCGCGGCACGUGAACGAGCCUCGCGCCGCCGCCGAGAUGUACCUAGCGGCCGGCGACGUACGUCGCGCUGCUGAACUCAUGGCCGCCUGCGGACGACGGGACAUGUUGAUCGAGUUGGCGCGUAAGUUGGACAAGGGGUCGAGCGAAUCGCUGCGGCACGUGGCGGAGGCGCUGGUGGCGGCCGGGGAGCCCGCCACCGCCGCUGAUGUGUACCAGCGGCUGGGCGACUACAAGCACGUGGCCCAGCUGGCCGUGCAGGCGGGGGAGUGGUCUCGCGCGUUCCAGCUGGCUCGCGAGCACGCCGAGUGUCGCAGGGAGGUGUACCUGCCAUACGCACACCGCAUGGCGCAGGAGAGCAAGUUCAUCGAGGCGCAGAAAGCGUACCAUAUGGCGGGCGAGACGGCGACGGCGAUGCGCGUGUUCACGAUGCUGGUGGGCAACGCGGUGACGGAGGAGCGGUUCAGUGACGCCGGGUACCUGCACCACCUGCUGGCCACGCAGUACCUCGACACCGCACACGCCACCGCCACAGACAAGAACCGCACGUCAAGCACACGUGCUCAUGCGCACAACGAGCGGCUAGCGCGCAUCUACCACGCGUAUGACUCGGUGCACCGCUGCGUUCACGAGCCCUUCUCGCUGAGUCAGCCGGACGCACUGCUCAACGCCGCGCGGUAUAUCCUCGCGCUGCUGGACGGAGAGCCGCCGCCUGGCGUCUCCAUGUUUUGUCUCUACCUGUGUUUGGCUAAACAAGCAAAAGCGUUGAACGCUAACUCGUUGGCGAGGCAAAUGUUGGACAAGAUUCUCGGUUUUCAGAUUCCCCAGAAGUUUCAGGAGAGCGUGGAGCUGCUGAUGGUGAAGACCCGCGCGGGUGGCGGCGGCGGCGGGAUCGAGGCGCGAGACGAUGACGUGGCGGUGCUGUGCUGGCGCUGCCGCCGCCACGCGCCGCCGCUCUGCGCCGCGCGCUGCCCGCACUGCGGACAUGCGCUUGCGCAUUCGCUCGCUACCCACGAAGUGCUACCGUUAGUGGAGUUCGAGCCCGCGGAGGGGAUUUCGAUGGAGGAGGCGUUGGAGUUGGUGGAGCGCACUCCACUGCCGCAGUCGGUGCGGGAGGAGAGCGCCGGCGCAGAGGUGCUGCGGAUAGACCACGACCUCGACUCGCUCGACCCCUUCCUGGACAAAGUCGACGAGGAGGACGAAAGCGGCGUGGUGGUAUGCAGCCGAGGUGCGCUGCUGGCGCUGUCACCAGCCAGCGUGGUCAUCGCGCACCGCUCCCCGCCGCGACUAUACCGCAACAUGUUGCCGGAACUACCCGCCGCCGCCUGCCCGCACUGCCAUAAUUUAUUCUACAUGGAAGACUACGAGAUACAGCUAGUGACGAAAGGCCACUGUCCGUUCUGCCGACACCCGGCGGAGACGCCCGAGGACGACGCCGAAGACUCCCCACUACGGGACUCCUCCACCCCCGCCUCUCCUACAAGUUCACUCUCUACUUGGCGCUAAGAUACGUACAGUCAUGAGCAAUAUAAUGUACCCUCUUUAGGACUCUGUCGCACUAACAAUUAUUUGUUAUUUAGUGAGACUUAAAAUUCAAUUUGUCAAAAAAGUUAAUGUGACAUGGUACCAAAGUGUAUAUACAGGUUGUAACGGAAGGGGGGUAUCAAGCCGAAAGGGGACAAAACUAUACCUUAUGUAGAUCUUAUCUGCAAAAUUUCAAUUAAAAAAAAACACUUUUGAUAUUUUUUUCAAUUUCAGUUAAAAAAAUAUUUUAAUAUUUCCAGCAUGUAAAAAACGCGGCACAGCACUAUUGAGGUCACUGUUCUUAAUCCACUCAAAUAUUGGCACUACACAAAUCUCCUAGCGCGUCCUGGUCGCCUGGUACUCGUGGCGCUCGCACGGCCGCGAUAGGUACGAAAUUCGAGCGGGCGGCAGCUUUGGCGGCAACGUCAAAAGGAGUCGGCGGCCGAUUGGAACAAUCCGAGUCGGCGGCACAUCGGCGACUGUAACAAACAAGAAUGACACUAAAGCAUCUAAUAAUUGGAGUCAUUUUGCUUUGACAACUAUUCUCACAUUAUUUUAUGACGUGUAAAAUAAGUUAAAAUUACCUACUUGUUUAGGUAAGGUAUUUAAUUUAAUAGUAAAUAGGAAAAAAAAGUGUGAAAGUGUGGGUAAGUAGGUAGGUAAUUAAUAAUUAGACUUACGUUUUACAAGAAAGGUUCGCAAUGUCGUCAUCCCCGUUCGAUGCACAGACCUGCCGCUUCAUCUGUCCACAACACUUUCGAAGCAAAGUCUGGUGAGCUUUCCACUUGAACUCGGUACCAUUCUCAGAAUGCCACACGAGGUAAAUAAUCAGUAGGAAUUAGCUCGGGCGUACGUUGCAUGUGGUAAGGUUCGCGUGGUAGUCCUUGGGUUGGCUGCACGGCUAGUACGGCUUCUUCAAACUCCGGAUCACGGGUCGCCGAGCGGCCAGUCUCGGAUGACGCGUGGAAAGAGCCCGUUAAAUGCAGUAGGCGAUUGACCAUUUU